AGCUGGUUGCAUUCCGAUAACUGACGCCAAAAACAGCUGUUCCAGCGCGCUUCAUUUUCCAAACAAAAAAAAAAAACCUAAUUGUUAGCGUCCUUUUGUGAAAUUGUUAAGUGUUGGAAAUAUUGUACACAAAGCCAGACUUUGAAGGACCUCCAAAUGGACCAGUCUAAGCAGGUUUUGCGGGACUAUUGCGGCGAUGGGAAUGGCACCUGUGCGUCGUCCUUGAGGGAAAUCUCCUUGAUUGAGACGGUGACCAGUUUUCUGGAGGAGAAUGGCGCUUCGGAAAUUGACAGGAGGGUGCUGCGCAAACUGGCGGAGGCCCUGUCCAAAAGUAUAGACGACACAAGUCCGGGAGCUCUGCAAGAUGUCACCACUAUGGAGAACUCAUAUGCUAGUUUCGAUGCGGUGCGACCUCAGGGCGGCAGCCACUCGCCCAUGGUGAUGCAAGGUCGAUCAGUGCGCGAGUUGGAGGAGCAGAUGUCCACGCUGCGCAAGGAGAAUUUCAAUCUGAAGCUCCGCAUCUACUUCAUGGAGGAGGGACAACCGGGCGCCCGUGCCAACAACUCCCCCGACUCCCUAAGCAAACAGCUCAUCGAUGCCAAGAUCGAAAUCGAGAUGCUGCGGAAGACCGUCGAUGAGAAGAUGGAGCUGCUGAAGGAUGCCGCCAGAGCCAUUUCUCACCACGAGGAUAUGCAGCGCAAGGCGGACUUUGACAGCCAGAGGAUAAUCGAUGAGUUGCAGGAUCAGAUUCGAUCGUACCAGAUGGCAGAGUCUGAUCAACCUGGCGAACGCACUGCAGUAUUUGAUGUGAGUAAGCUGCAGCGCCUGGAGUUGGAGGUGCAAAAAUUGGAGAAGGAACUGCAGGAGUCGGAUGUGCGUAACACGGCGUCCAAGAACGAGCUGGAAAUUGCGCUGGUGGAGCGUUUGGAAACGCUAACCGCCUGUGAGGCCAAGAUCCAAGAGCUGGCCAUUAAGAAUGCCGAGCUGGUGGAGCGCCUCGAAAAGGACACCGAAACCGCCGAGUCGUCAAAUAAAAUCAUUGAGGGGCUAAAGACCGAAAUCGGCGAGUGUCGAGUGGAGAACCAGAAUCUGCAACUUGAACUGGUGCAUCAAGUCGCCUCGAUGAAGGAGGCCUCCAACACGAUGGACGUGCAGCGUCAGUCCAUCCUCCUUUUGGAAGGCACCAUCAAGCGCAAGGAGAAGUCGUACGGAAGUAUGCUAAAUAAUCUGUUGGAGUAUGAGGCACUGAUAGCCAAGCUAAACACCGAGCUGGAGAUCGUGCGGCAACAGAAUCUUUACUUCCGCAACCUCUCCGACAAUCUGCAGCAGAAGGAACGCGGAGUGGCCAUCGUUCAGCCGAUGCGUUCGUCCACGGAUACCGGGCGUUUUGUAUGGCACUCAGGGGACCUCCUCGCACAAGAGCCUCUGCUAUUGGAAGGCCGCUCAGCAGCAGCAGAAGCAGCCGUCAUAUCCGAAUCCCCAGUAUCUUCCACAGCGAGGGCAUCCCCAGCACAGCGGACAUGCUACCUUGCUGGCCGUGACGGCGCCAAGUACGGCUUUCUACAACUAUUCACUGCCAAGCUAUACAGGAUUUCGUCAGUUCCUUUGUUGCUGGGGCACGUAGCCCUCAAGCUCGUCCUGCUGAUGAUGCGGGUGCACACGUGCCUGCAGAAUGCCAGCCGGAUGCCGCUACAAGCCAAGCGAGAACUGGGCGCCCAACUGGCGGACAAGAUGUGCGAGCUGCAGGAUGCCCAGGAGAAGCUCAAGGAGCGCGAGCGGAUCCACGAGCAGGCCUGUCGCACCAUCCAGAAGCUAAUGCAGAAGCUGAGCAGCCAGGAGAAGGAGAUCAAAAAGCUCAGUCAGGAGAAGGAGCAGUCGAUUAACAAGGAGAACGACAGCAAUAAGGCAGCAACUAUUUCGCCAUCGACCACGGGCCGCUCGAUGAGUGACAACGAGGCCAGCUCCCUGGAAAUGUCCACCAAUCUGAGGGUGCGCUACGAACUGAAGAUCACCGAACAGGAGGAGAAGAUCAAGCAGCUGCAGGCGGAGGUCAAGAAGAAGACGGCCAACCUGCAGAACCUGGUCAACAAGGAGCUGUGGGAGAAGAAUCGCGAGGUGGAGCGCCUCACCAAGCUGGUGGCAAAUCAACAGAGGACGACGCUGCCGCAGAUUGGCGAGGAGUCCGGCGGCGAGGCGGAUCUGCAGCAAUCCUUCACGGAGGCGGAGUACACGAGGGCACUGGAGCGCAACAAGCUGCUGCAGCGAAAGGUGGACGUUCUCUUCCAGCGCCUCGCAGACGAUCAGCAGAAUUGCGCUGUGAUUGGGCAGCUGCGCUUGGAACUGCAGCAGGCUCGCUCGGAAGUGGAGACGUCGGACAAGUGGCGCCAGGAGUGCGUCGAUGUGUGCAGUGUGCUGACCAACCGACUGGAGGAGCUGGCCGGCUUCCUCAACUCUCUGCUGAAGCACAAGGAUGUUCUUGGCGUGCUGGCCGCCGAUCGACGCCAUGCCAUGCGUAAGGCCGUAGAUCGCAGCUUGGAUCUCUCCAAGAGUCUUAACAUGACCCUAAAUAUAACUGGAGCAUCCUUGGCCGACCAGAGCCUCGCACAACUGUGCAAUCUUUCGGAGAUCCUGUACACCGAAGGCGAUGUUAGCCACAAGACCUUCAAUUCGCACGAGGAGAUCCAUGCCGCCAGCUCGAUGACUCCCUCGGUGGAGAACUUGAAGGCGGAGAACAAGGCCCUUAAAAGGGAGUUGGAGAAGCGACGCAGCUCGGAGGGACAGCAGCAGAGAAAGGAGCGUCGCUCCCUGCCGCUGCCCUCGCAGCAGUUGGACAACCAGAGCGAAUCGGAGGCCUGGUCGGAGCCAGAUCGCAAGGUUUCCCUGGCCCGCAUAGGCCUGGACGAGACCUCCAAUAGCCUGGCGGCGCCGGAGCAGCCGGCCAGCGAGUCGGAGAGCGAGGGCAGGACCUGCGCCGGCACUCGCCAGGAUCGCAAUCGCAACAGCGAACGUAUCGCCCAGCUGGAGGAGCAGAUUGCCCAGAAGGACGAACGCCUGCUGAACGUGCAAUGCCAGUUGGUGGAACUGGACAAUCGAUACAAGCAGGAGCAGCUGCGCUGUCUGGAGAUCAGCCAGCAACUGGAGCAGCUGCGCGCCAUCAACGAGGCGCUUACCGCGGACCUGCAGGCCAUUGGCUCGCACGAGGAUCAGCGAAUGGUUGAGCUGCAGCGCCAGCUGGAGCUUAAAACCCAGCAGAUCGAUCAACUGAAGCUGGCCCAGAGCACUUUGACUGCCGAUUCGCAGGUAACCGAAAUGGAACUGCAGGCAUUGCAGCAGCAGGUGCAGGAAAUGGAGCAGCAAUACGCCGAUUCAGUGGACAGCCUGCAGUCCCAACUGGAGCAACAUAAGCAAGAGGCCAUGCAGCAGUUGGCGGAGCACGAGCGCCUGCACCAGGAGGCUCUCGAACGCGACUGGGUGGCACUGACCGCGUAUCAGGAGCAGGCUCAGCAGCUGCUGGAGCUGCAGCGAUCCCUGGACUAUCACCAGGAGAACGAGAAGGAGCUGAAGCAGACCCUCGUCGAGAACGAACUGGCCACGCGGGCCCUGAAGAAGCAGCUGGACGAGAGCACUUUGCAGGCCUCGAAGGCGGUGAUGGAGCGCACAAAGGCCUACAACGACAAGCUGCAGCUGGAAAAGCGCUCCGAGGAGCUGAAGCAGCAGUUGGAGGCGCUCAAGGAGGAGCAGAAGAAGCUGAUGCAGAAGCGCUCCAACGGCAGCGAUGUCUCCCAGUCCGGCUACACAUCCGAGGAGGUGGCCGUGCCCAUGGUCCAAGCUUCCUCCUCCGCCAAACUGAAUGCUGCUGCUGCAGUGGUGGUGGCCCAGAGAAUCAACACUUCGUCCCCCGACUUGGGCAUAGAAAGCGAUGCCGGAAGGAUUUCCAGCGUGGAGCUAUCGAAUGCCCAACGAGCCAUGCUCAAGACUGUGGAGAUGAAGAGCGAAAAGACAAAUUCAGAGGAAUCCCCAUCACCCGACAGCAAGAGCAACCUGGCCACUGCUGCUGCAGCCACAGUCCACGACUGUGCCAAGGUAGAUCUUGAAAACGCCGAGUUGCGGCGCAAACUAAUCCGCACCAAGCGCGCAUUCGAAGACACCUACGAAAAGUUGCGUCUGGCUAACAAAGCAAAAGCACAAGUCGAGAAAGACAUCAAAAAUCAGAUACUAAAAACGCACAACGUGCUGCGAAACGUUCGCUCAAACAUGGAGAAUGAGUUAUAACGAUCGCGCCGACGUCCAGUAUAUCAGCAUUAACCCGAGAGGCCAUUUACCCCCAUCAUUCAUUUGCCAUUUUCAAAUUGUUCUUGCCAUUUUUAAUUGUUUGUCUGCAUUGUAUUUUUUUGUCUCGUUGCGUAACUUGAUCUUGAUUUAUUUAUAUUUCAUAUGCUUUAAGAGAACAGAAACAACGAAGUUAUUAACACGAA